UUUGAACGCGAGGUUAUAUAUCACGUGACCGCGCACCACGCUUGGAAAGAAAAUCAUGGCGGACGCUAGUCAAUACAGUUACUCAACAUCAGCAGGGCAACCAGCCAGCUACUCCUACGGGAGUUAUGGCGCCUCAACAGAUGCCAGUACUUACCAACAACAACCACCAGCAGCAGCUACAUAUGGACAACAGCCUGCAGCCUAUGGUCAACAGGGAUACACUGGUUACGAUCAGAGUGCAUAUUCACAGGCCCCACAGUCUGCAGCAACAACACAGCCAGCUACAUAUACUCCACCAGAGAGCUAUGGUCAAACUUCAGCAGGACAAGUACCAGCUUAUGGUUCCUAUGGACAACAGAGCUACACACAGCCUGCCAGUACAGACUACAGUCAGUCACAAACGACACCUUCCUACUCAUCAGGUUCAUAUGGAGGUCAACAGAGUUACAGUUCAUCUUCCUACGGUGACACCUCGCAACAGUCAUAUGGUCAGCAGUCAGGUUACCAGCAACAGCAGCAACCUGCCACCAGUCCAACUGCUUCCUAUGGCCAGCAGAGCUAUGGAGGUAGCCAGCAGUCCACAGGAGGCUAUAACUCUGGCAGCAGUGGUGGGGGUGGGGGAUCUGGCUACGGCGGGGGACCACAGUCCAGCUACGGCAGUGGUGGUGGUGGUGGUGGGGGAGGGGGUUCCUACGGUGGCAAUGGGGGAAGCUCUUUCGGAUCAGGCGGAGGCGGUGGUGGCGGAAGCUCAUAUGAUGACAGACGUAACAACCGAGGAGGAGGAGGAGGAAGUGGUGGUGGUGGUGGUGGUGGAAGCAGCUAUGGCGGAAGUCGUGGAGGGUACAACAAAAGUUAUGGUGGUGGAAGGGAUGAUGACGGUGGCAGUGGACGCCCAGAGAUGGAACAGAUGAUGGACACUAUCUUUGUGUCAGGACUCAGUGAGGAUGCUGAUGAGGACGCUCUUGUCAACCACUUCGGAAGCAUUGGUGUCAUUAAGACUGACCGUAGGACCGGCAAGCCAAAGGUGUGGAUUUACAAGGAUAAGAUAUCUGGCAGACACAAAGGCGAGGCCACCAUUACCUAUGAUGAUAGUGAAUCUGCCAAGGCAGCCAUCAACUGGUUUAAUGAGAAGGACUUCAAUGGAAAGACCAUCAAGGUUGAGAUUGCAGAGAGGAAGAUCAAUCCUCUGGCAAUGAGAGGAGGCCGUGGAGGAGGACGAGGUAGUUUCCGUGGCGAUCGUGGUGACCGUGGUGGCGACCGUGGAGACCGCGGCAGAGGAGGAUAUGGAGGUGGUCGAGGUGGUGGUGGUGGAGGUGGAUCAGAAAGGUCCGGAGACUGGGUUUGCGAUGAAGAUGGCUGUAGCAACAAGAACUUUGCCUGGAGGAAUUCAUGUAAUCUCUGUAAUAGUCCCCGCCCAGACGGUGGUGAUGACGAUGGCGGCUCUGGAGGAUACCGUGGCCGUGGGCGUGGAGGUUUUGACCGUGGGGGUCGUGGAGGAUUUGACCGAGGGCGUGGUGGCCCCAGAGGUGGAGGAGGCCGUGGUGGAUUUGGAGGUGACCGUGGGGGUCGAGGAGGAUAUGGAGACCGUGGAGGACGAGGUGGAUUUGGUGACAGAGGCCGUGGAGGACCUAGAGGUGGACGAGGUGGUUUCGGCGACCGGGGGGGACGUGGAGGAUUUGGUGACCGAGGAGAUAGAGGAGGAAAGGACAGGAUGGACCGUGGAGACCGAAGAUCUAAGCCAUACUAGAGGGGGGAAGUGCUGGGAGGUGUGACUGUGUGUAUCACUGCAACGACAAGGCUGUGAAACCCAAGCUAUAGACAUAUAGACAUUGUACAAAUCAUACAGCAACAGCCGUGUCAGUAAAUUGUGCCCUUGUAACUGUUGCGUGUCCGUUGUGAAUUAAAGACUGUUGUCCAUAAGGAGUAAUGGAACUACUAAGGACAUUAACAUUGAUAGAAAGUUCCAGCUGAGAACAAAAUAGUUGUCCUUUUUAAAUAUUUUAUUGCAUUUUGUAUUGUUUGUUUACCAAAUCUUCAUCUCAAAGAGAUCACUUACAUCAUGUGUCAUAAUUUGGGAAAAUAAACUUCAUCGUCAACUCAU